CGCGCAGGUUACCGCCGUGGCGUCGGUGGCCCUCUCGGCGGCCUCGCGCAUGAUCGAGGCCCGCACGCAGGACCUCGGAAGCGUGGCGCCCUGGGGCACGCUCGCGGCGUGCGUGGCGCCGCCGCCGCGCGCCGACAGAUGCGGGCAGGACGAGUGCAGGUCGCGCGGGCGGCCACAGCGUCAGCCCGCGGCAGCUGGGGCAUCGGACUCGACUGCAGUGGCAGCACCCCGUCGCCGACGAGCGAAGAGCAACGUGGUGGCUCCGAAGUGCAACAUGGUGGCGAUGCGCAGCACAGUGUCUGUAGCCAGGGAAAAGCUGGCGAUGACGUCUGCCAGUGAAGGGCUCGCAGCGUAGAGAUCUGUUCUAUCGCUGGUUCCGGCGAGCACAACAGUCUUCAGCCCCAUAUCCCUUGAGGUCCGCUCUGCCUGACCAUUCGUAUCCCACCUCCCCCUUGCUCUCCUCCUCCUCCUUCGCCCCCUCCUCCCUCGCCCCCUGUCCUCCUUGUCGUCAUCGUAAUGGUCCCUCUUCUUCUCCUCCGCAGCUGGAUGCGGCGUGACCCAGGCACUCUCUCGCAGUGCUCUGUCCGGAUGGCACCCGUCCUUUCGCUCCGCCAUCCGCAGCGUCCUCCAGGCAAGGUCGUCGG